CUGAAACAGCAGUAGAACGUGAUUUUUGGGUCUCUUUUUCUUUCUGAUCUUUCUGCCAUCAGCUGCAAACAUGUCUGUCGCAACAAUAUCGAAAAAGCGAAAGUUUGUUGGAGAUGGAGUUUUCAAGGCUGAGCUUAAUGAGUUCUUGACUCGUGAGUUAGCUGAAGAUGGUUACUCUGGUGUGGAGAUUCGUGUUACUCCCCAGAAGACAGAGAUUAUCCUCAUGGCCACUCAUACACAAAAUGUAUUAGGUGAAAAGGGGAGGAGAAUCAGGGAGUUGACCUCCGUUGUCCAAAAGAGGUUCAACUUUAAAGACCAUAGCGUAGAAUUGUACGCUGAGAAAGUUGCCACAAGAGGACUUUGUGCCAUUGCACAGGCUGAGUCUCUCAGAUAUAAGUUGAUUUGUGGAUUGGCUGUGCGAAGAGCUUGCUACGGUGUACUUAGGUUUAUCAUGGAAUCUGGUGCUAAGGGUUGCGAAGUUGUUGUUAGUGGCAAGCUCCGUGGUCAGAGAGCCAAAUCCAUGAAGUUUGUUGAUGGAUUGAUGAUUCACUCUGGUGAGCCAACAAAUGACUACGUCAACACGGCGACGCGUCACGUUCUUCUCAGACAAGGUGUGUUGGGUAUCAAAGUCAAAAUUAUGUUGCCAUGGGAUCCCAAUGGCAAGAAUGGACCCAAAAAACCACUGCCUGACAAUGUUAUUGUUCAGGAACCAAAGGAAGAUUUCAUCUACACCACGCCUGCGUCGGAAGUUAAAGUAAAUAAAGACCUACCAGCACCAGCUCCCAUUGCUGUUGCAUAAGCUUGCAAUGGAUUAAUAAGUUUACAAUAAAAUUAAAAAAAAAUCUCUAAAAA